AUGUCUGUUACAAAAAUUACUCAAUUCCCUUCUACUGGUGAAGCUGGUAAAUUCAAGUCAAACACAAUCGAUGUUCCCAAGUUGGGCAGUCAUGACGCUCUUAUCAAGUUAGUCGCCUGUGGUGUUUGCCAUACUGACUGUCUCUAUAUGGGUCAAGAUGGUAUUGUCUUAGGUCAUGAACCUAUUGGUAAAGUCAUUGAAGUGGGUGAUCUAGUCAAGAACAUCAAAAAGGGUGAUCUUGUUGGUACUUCUUAUUUGAGACAAGCUUGUCUUGAAUGUCGCCCAUGCAUGUCUGGUGAAGAUGCUAUGUGUAACAUGAAUGGUUUCGCAAACUAUCAAGUGUGUGAUUCUCGUUUCGCUUAUAAACUUCCUGAAAACAUGGAACCCAAAUAUGCUGCUUCUUUGAUGUGUGCUGGUGUCACUGUCUUUAAUGCAAUCUAUUCUUCCAAUAUUCUUCCUACAGGUCGUGUCGCAGUCAUUGGUAUCGGUGGUUUGGGUCACUUGGCUAUUCAAUUCGCAAAAGCCUGGGGCUGCCACGUUACUGCUAUUUCUCACUCUGCUGAUAAGAAAGACGAAGCCUUAAAGUUCGGUGCUCAUGAUUUCUUGAAUUCCAAGGAAUUCUCCAAGGAAUUCGUUGAAAACGUCAAGGACAAGUAUGAUUUGAUUUUGGACACUGUCUCUAUCAGUCUUGAUUGGGAUAUCUAUCUUGGUCUUUUGAAAAAGAAUGGUGCUUUCUAUUUGAUGAGUGUCAUUGAUAAUCCCAUUACGAUCAAGGAAGUUAAUGGUUUCCUUGUGAACCAAAAGACUUUUAAGGGUUCUAUUGUCGGCGGUCGUUAUGUUAUCAGUUUAAUGUUGGAAUUUGCUGCUCGCCACCAAAUCAAACCUCAAAUUCAAGAAUACCCCUUCGAUUUGGAUGGUUUGCAAGAAGCUAUCAAGGCUUGUCAUGAAGGAAAGGCUCGUUACAGAGGCAUUUUGAUUGCUAAGGAUUAA